UUGCGCGGCUGGAUCGGUCGUGAUGCACGCGUGCUUCCAUGGCGGCGGCGGCAACAGCAGGGUCACUAGGUCCGUCGGCAUCAUCAGGGACUUCACCAAGAGCAUGAAGGUCCUGUCCAUCAAGGUGAAAGCGGGCGGUGGUGGGAGGAGUCACGCGCGGGCGUGGCGGCGGCCGGCGGAGGCUGAGGAGCUUCAGCUGCAGGACAAGGAUGUCGCGGCGGCGUCCGCGUCCGCGUCCUCUUCCGCCAAGAUCGCUCCGGCGCAGCCGCAGGAAGCCGACGGUGAUCAAGGCCCACCACAUUGUCGCAAGGAUCAUCGCCAGCACGAGGAAGAGGAGGAGCAAGGAGGAGGUAAACACAAACACUGCGACAAGUGCUACUCCCCGUUGGACGACGAAGGCGCCGGCGAGGAGGCCUCGGCUGCAGCGGGCACGAGCGACCUGGAGUGGGUGGCAGAGCCGGAGCCCGGGGUGCUGAUGACGCUGGUGCCUCGCGCCGACGGCACCAACCACCUCCUCAGGAUACGGUUCAGCAGGGAGCUGUUCGGCGACGCGUGGGAGGCGCAGAGCUGGUGGGUGGACAACUACGACCGCGCCGUCGAGCUCUACAGCAUCGUCCAAUCUGAGCACUCGCACGACGAGGAAGAGGAGGACGACGACGACCCAAUGCCCGUAACCCCGUGCCAGUCCGAGGACGACGAGCACCCGCGGCAGGAUGGGAGUGGGGCUCUGGAGUACUCGGCCUCAUGCUCGGUGUCGGCGUCGGCCUCGGGAGGCUCCAGCUCCAACUUCUCUGGACCGUCCAGCGGGAGCGGGUCGGCCAACAAGGUGGACUCCCCAAUUCUGGGCCUAGUCACCGAGCUCAACAGUAGCACAAGAGCAGCCCAGGCCCAGCACACCCAGACAACUGGACAGGUGAAACUUACUGAAAGAAACAUGCCCAUCAAUCUUACAAACAAAGCAGAACUGAUUACGACCUCUGCUGCAUUUUGACUGAACUCGUUUUCACCAUCAUUUCCAACAGUUAGUACAAUGCUUAACUUAUAUCUGCAUGCCAGGGGUGUUUGGAUGAGUGGAGCUGAAAUGUACAGUAUUUACUAUUUUAGUUCAAAUUUGAAAUGGAUCCCACACUCGAUCCAAUGAAAUAUCCGUAAUCCAA